AUUAAAACUACUUUCAUCGAGACAAUCGAAAAUAUAAAGUGUGUGUUUGUGAAUACUCGUACAUUUUUGAUACAAUUGUGGAUUAGUUGUAAGCUGAACUUUCGCGAAGCCAAAGACGUAUAACGAGAAGCAAAGAUGGUGCGCAGUUUGGCUCAGUGGACGAAAACCUUGAGUUUUCCUUCACGCCUCUCACCCAAUCGCAAUUCCAAGGAUUGCUCCACACUCGCCAAUCCCGUACCGCCGCCCACUCCGCCCCGCAACAAGACGCACAACAACUGCGCUACUUCGCGUUCUUCCUCAUCGACAGUCUCCUCUUCGCAUUCAUCGGCCGCAUCGAAUAGUUCGCCUACACCUGGCAAUAACAACAAUAUGCCCAUAACGGAACUGGAACAGAUUAUCUAUCCCGGUCCCGAUCCGAAGCAAGCCAUUAUGGGCUCCCUGGUCUUUUGUAUACACCACAAGCAGGGAUGCAAGUGGUCCGAUGAGCUGCGCAAGCUAAAGGCCCACCUCAAUACUUGCAAGCACGAUGCCACCCAGUGUCCCAAUAAAUGCGGCGCCCAGAUUCCACGCAUAAUGAUGACCGAUCAUCUACAGUACACAUGCACCAUGCGGCGCACCAAAUGCGAAUUCUGCCAGAGCGAGUUCUCUGGCGCUGGCCUGGAGGAGCACAACGGCACCUGUGGCCAGGAGCCCAUCUAUUGCGAGGCAAAGUGCGGACAGCGCGUACUCCGUGGUCGCAUGACGCUGCACAAGUCGAAGGAUUGCGUGAAGCGACUCCGCCGUUGUCUGCACUGUCAGCGCGAGUUCUCAGCCGACACUUUGCCGCUCCAUGUGGCCCAGUGUCCCAGGGCGCCCAUUGUGUGCCCGCAACGCUGCGAUGUUGGGCCGAUAGCACGUGCCGACAUGGACGCGCAUUUACGCGAUGACUGCAAAUCGCUUGCCGUGGCCUGCUCAUUCAAGGAGGCUGGCUGUCGUUUCAAGGGGCCGCGCCAUUUGCUGGACGCCCAUUUGGAGGCGAAUGCAGCCGCACAUCUAUCGCUAAUGGUGUCGCUGUCCACGCGACAGGGCCAGCAAAUACAAAUGCUGAAGUCGGCCGUGUCCAAGCUAUCGAUCAACUAUACUGGCACUCUACUCUGGAAGAUUACAGACUGGUCGGCCAAAAUGUCGGAGGCACGCGGCAAGGACGGAUUGGAGUUGGUCUCUCCGCCUUUCUAUACUUCGCAGUACGGAUACAAGCUGCAGGCCUCCAUGUUUCUCAAUGGCAAUGGACCGGGUGAGAACACACACGUCUCGGUAUACAUCAAAGUGCUGCCAGGAGAAUACGAUGCACUCUUGAAGUGGCCCUUCUCGCACUCCAUCACCUUCACGCUGUUCGAGCAAGGCGCACAGAGCGGACAGGGCGGCGUGGCCGAGUCAUUUGUGCCCGACCCCACCUGGGAGAACUUCCAACGCCCAUCGAAUGAACCGGAUCAGCUCGGCUUCGGGUUUCCCCGGUUUAUUUCACACGAGCUACUACAUCGUCGCCCCUUUAUCAAAGAAGACACAGUCUUUCUGCGCGUCAAGGUGGAUCCCAGCAAAACUGUGGCAGUCUAGGGUUAAGCUAUAUGUACAUAUGUAUGUAUAAGUAAGCAUAGUCUUAGACAUUUACUCGACUUAUGUAAAUACUGUGUAUUUAAAUUUACGAGUAAAUCGUAGCGUGUACAUACUCGUAUAAGAAGUGUUUUGGACGCUGCAGCUUCGGUAGCUUCGGGCAUCGUUAGUCCCAGAGAACUAACUUGCUCCGAAUGCCAAUUGCCCAGGUCAUCGCCCACAUCCACGUUUGUAGUCAUAUAUCAGUUUAUGUUAUUAGUGCUGGAAUUAAACCAAAGCAAGAAUCCAUAUAUUCAUACCUACCAUAUAGUAUAUAGUGGAUAAUACCUACAUACAUACUUAUAUUUUUGCCUUAUGGUAGUUCGUGUCUUAAGUCUUUUGUUUAAAAAAUUUGUACUUUUUGCGCGCAAUGCGAAAACUUUCAAAAGAUCUUCAAAUGUUAAUGUGUUUAGGUUUAGAGAUAAAACUCUGGUAGUUGUUUAGUAGUCGCUCGUAAGUUGCAUGUAUAUAGAAAACAAAUCAUAGCUCUAGAGACAUCAAUACAUAAAUUCAUAAGCUCGUAGCA